CUCUUUUCUUUGUAGGACAGCAAUGGCAAGAAGCUGCUACUCAAAAGUGCUCUGUCCCAAAACGUGUGCACAUAUAAAGAGAUGUUGUAUCAAACAGCACUGAUUCCGGGCUGUCCUCAUCACACCAUCCCUUACUAUUCUUACCCCGUGGCCAUAAGCUGCAAGUGUGGUAAAUGUAACACUGACUACAGUGACUGUGUUCACGAGAAGGUUAGGACAAACUACUGCACUAAGCCACAGAAGCUCUGUAACAUGUGA